UGAAGCAGGAAGGACGCUGCGUGUCUCUCUCUCGCUGUUUUUACCCCAGUGAAGGCUGUCCGCUCUUUACUGCCCAGCGGUCCGCUGUGUGUGGAGGCGACGCGCUUUGAGACGCCGCGCUGAUGAUAAAGCGGGAAGGUUGAAAGGGGGACGCACACUCGAGCACUCGUCCAGAUGGACUAACCAAGAAGCCUGAAGCACAGGGCACAAGAGAUGACCGCUCACACACACAUUCUCUUGUGAAUGGACCAGGGUGAGGAGUGAGAAUGCGUUUUCUGGCCUCCCGGGUCCACUACAAGACCCUGAUAGUGAUCUGCGCCCUUCUCACUCUCGUCACCGUGGUCCUGUGGAACAGGUGCACCAAUGAGAAGGUGUUACAUUCCCUGCCCCGGGCCCCUAUAGCCCUGCCUAGCCCUGGAGCGGCCGGACUUCAGCAGCAGGCCCAGCCCCCUGAGGCCCCGCCCGUGGUCGGAGGCGGAGUCCGUUACGAGGAGAUCGACUGCCUCAUAAACGAUGACGUCACUAUUAAAGGCCGGCGUGAGGGCGCCGAGGUAUACAUGCCUUUCAGCUGGAUGGAGAAAUACUUCGAGGUGUACGGCAAAGUGGUGCAGUAUGAUGGCUACGACCGCUUCGAGUUUUCGCACAGCUAUUCCAAAGUGUACGCUCAGAGGGUGACGUAUCGCCCCAGCGGUGUCUUCAUGUCCUUCGAAGGGUACAACGUGGAGGUCCGGGACAGAGUGAAGUGCAUCAGUGGUGUGGAAGGAGUGCCUCUGUCAACACAAUGGGGUCCUCAGGGUUAUUUCUAUGCCAUUCAGAUAGCGCAGUACGGUCUGAGUCACUUCAGUAAGAACCUGACAGAGCGAGCACCCCAUGUGGAGGUGUACGACACAGCUGAGGAACACAACAGCAAGCCAAAUGCAUGGAGUGUUCCCAAGGGCUGCACUCUCACCACAAGCUACGACAAGACCCGCGCCUCCACCGUCCGUCUGUUUAACGCUCCAGAGAACUCUGAGGGCAUCUCACUCUCUCUUGGCAACACCAAGGAUUUCAUCAUCUCCUUUGACCUGAAAUUCGCCUCCAACGGCAGCGUGUCUGUCGUACUGGAAACAACAGAAAAGGGGCCUCCAUUUGUGAUACGUUACGUCACCACCAGUCAGCUCAUUGCCUUUAAAGACCACUCCAUCACCUAUGGAAUUGGGCUUCGUUCAACAUGGACCACAGUGACCCGGGACCUCCUCACGGAUCUGCGCAAGGGCAUUGGCCUGUCCAACACCAAGGCUGUCAAAGCCACCAAAACCAUGCCAAGACGCGUGGUCAGAAUGGUUUUGCAUGGCCGAGGUGCCAUAGACAACGUGACUAUCUCCACUACGGCACACAUGGCUGCCUUUUUCGCUGCUAGUGACUGGCUACUGAAGAACCAGGAUGAACGUGGUGGCUGGCCGAUAAUGGUCACCCGCAAGCUGGGUGAAGGCUUCCGGCCCUUGGAGCCUGGCUGGUACUCAGCAAUGGCACAAGGCCAGGCCAUGUCUACCCUCGUUAGGGCGUAUCUCCUCACUAAGGAUGAGACGUACUUGAAAGCAGCACUGCGUGCUAUAGGUCCUUAUAAAGUACCAUCUGAGAAACAUGGUGUGAAAGCUGUCUUUAUGAACAAGUACGACUGGUAUGAAGAGUAUCCAACCACACCAAGUUCAUUUGUCCUCAAUGGCUUUAUCUACUCUCUAAUUGGACUCUAUGACCUGGCACAGACGGCAAGCGAAGAGGAAGGACGUGAGGCAGCACGACUGUAUGCCAAGGGCAUGGAAUCGCUCAAGGCCAUGGUGCCACUUUACGACACCGGUUCAGGCACCAUUUAUGAUCUGCGGCAUUUCAUGCUAGGCACAGCACCCAACCUCGCACGAUGGGACUACCACACUACGCACAUUAAUCAGUUGCAGCUGCUGGCUUCCAUCGAUGACUCGCCAAUCUUCAGGGACUUCGCAAAACGCUGGAAAAGCUACAUGAAAGGAGGACGAGCCAAGCACAACUAGAGCUGCAGGCAGUGGUGGACAAACGCCCGCCGGCACUCGGCAAAAACACGCCUCAAUCCCUGAGGGCAAGCUGAGUUAGCCCAUUGAGUAAGAACUAAGGAAGAAGCCCAGAGUGGUCUAGCUAAAUCCUGCUGCAGUUUCCAGCCAUUAGCCUUGGCUAACCUCUCGGAGGGGUUUUUUUGGACUUUUUGGAAGCUAAUCUGUGCUGGAGGCUCUAAUUAAGUACAAAUGAGAAGGUUUAUGGUGAAAGUGUGUAUGGUUGAAAUGGGGUGGGGAAUUUUUUUUGAUCUAAAUCUGCUGGUGAAGUAUCUAGCAUGAUUAGAGAUGGUCGCACACACUUGGGCGUAAGGAAAUCACAGUGAUUGUCCCAAGCGUCCAAAAUUCUUCCAAAAUUCUCUCUUGAUACUUGUGUAGACGUCAAUCUAUAAUAAUAAUAAUAAUAAUAAUAAUAAUAACAAUAAUAAUAAUAGGAAAAGUAUGAGCUUAUCAGGCAUUCUCGGAAUAAGUGAUUAAGCGAAGUUUUUAGGUAAAUAGGAAAGGUAACCUGGGAAAUGCUUCCAAGUGUUUGUCGUCUCUGCAGUUUGAGCUCACCUCUGAUGGAGACAUCAUUAAUAAACCUCAGGCCCCCCAGUUAAAUUACUGACCUUCCUACCCUACACUUGGGGGGGGGGAAUGCCAUUAUGUUCUCAAACGGAUGAGUUAUAGAUAUAACGCACUAUUGAAACUUUGGUAUGUUGGUAAUGGCAGAGCUUUUUCAACUAAUAUAAAGAUACUAUAACUCUACUAUAACAAUACUAGAGCCUGGCCAAGUGAGUCUUAGUUCACAACAAGUGGGCUGACUGAGACUUACUAUUAUAAUAGAUAGGCUGAGGAGUCACCAGUUGUGCGUAUUGAUUAGAUAAAGAAUUAAAAUGAAUUUUUAGACGAUAUACUCGGUAGGUGAGUUGCAGAAAUGCAAAUGCAAGGAAAGUCACAAUAGGAUACACUAUAAUCAGAAAGUAUGUGGACACCUGCAUAUCAUACCCAUAUGUGCUUACUGAAUACCCUACUCUAGAUAUACUCCCUGUUUCCUGUUUUAAUAAGCUCCAAUUGUCUCGUAAGGCUUUCCGCUAGAUUUUGCCACAUGGCUAUGCAGAUUUUCUUACUUGGCCACAAGAGCAUCGGUGACCUUAGGCUGUGAUAUUGGGAAAGGAGGGCUGGCACAGAGUCUGUGUUCUAGCUCAUCCCAAAGUGCACAGUGGCUAUUGAGGUGCUGUUCUUUUACACUCUCCUUUGUGCACAGCAGCAUUUCGGUCCUGGAUUGGGUUUUGGUCUCUUGGUUCCAGAGAAGAAAAAUGUUAAUGUACACUUUACAUAAACUUUUGGAAAGAAAAAUAUAUGGGUGUGAUAGACGGGUGUCCACAAACUUUUGACCAUAUUGUGUAGACCUCCUCGACCCACUUUCAUAAGAAAUACAAAGAUUAAAAAUAGGGGGUGGAUUUUGUUUCAUUCCAUACAAAUCAGUUAAUAAGAAAUUGAUCGUUAACAUUAAGUAGGAGUUUGAAUAUAAUCUUUUUUUGUGAAUUGGUAAGAGGGGCCAUGUUGAUUUGAUGGUAGGCUACAUUCACUGUUACAUCUAGCAAUGGAAAGGUUGAAGUGCAGGAUAUACACUGAUCAGCCAUGACAUUAACAACAUCGCCAGGUGAAACCAGUAAAUAAACCAGUGACAGGAUCAUCAUGGACACCCAAGGUUGAAAAAAGCCAACUCUGACACAAAGUCACCAGGACACCCGGUGUGUAUUACAGCUGGCCGAACACAUGCGGCAAAGAGUUCAAGGGUGUAGAUCCGGUUUCCAAAUUCCUCAGAUCUCAAUCUGAUUGAGCAUCCAUGGAUCAGACUUGAUAGUCAAACCCGAUCCAUGGAGACCCCACCCCAGAACCCACGGCACCCAAAAGAUCCGCUGCUAACGUCCUGGUGCCCCUAGUGGUCUGUUGCCCAGUGGCACAAAGGGCAUGCAAGACCUAGGUGAUUAUAAUGUCCUGGCUGAUCUGUGUGUCUGUUAAAUAAAGUAUAAAUCUGCUUCUGCUCUGGUGGUGUGGAUAUACCACGGCGAAGAGCUUUGACGUGGAUUAUGCAUGCACAACAACUGAACCUGAAUUAUUUUCCAUGCUUGCCAAAAGGCACACUGGAACCAAGAUAAAAUCUUAAUGGAGAAAUUAUAUUGGGGCACAGGUAUAGUUGUCUUAACGCCAGUUGACUGAUCUUCUAACAAAAUCAAUCUCCAAUGUGUUUUUUGCGGGGUAUAGCAAGACGUAAUCUGCCGAAUAUUGUCCAUGAUUAAGUUUCAAAUCCAUGACAGAUUUGCUUGAUUGUCAACCGCAUGUAGCAGCAACGUGAGCCAGUGAAUUUCCCAGUGUUUACUACAAACAGUUUACUACAUAUUCUGCAGUUCUACAGAAACAUUUCAGUAGCAUGACCGACCAUUUGCUGUCAUUCCCCAGCAUCCCGACCAAAUCCUAAAAGCUACAGAAACCCUAAUGGUCUUCAUAAAACAGCCUCGAAUCCAAACAGCCUAAACUGCACUAAGUGUUAGUCACUUUCUGUUCACUAUCAUCCAAUGAGUGACGGCGUCAUUUGAUUCCUUUGUGUAAAAAGGGACACUUCACCCAUGCGUAUGCUUUUUAAACGCGUUAAUCUAUUAGCGUCCGCUCAGCCCUGUCGUAACCGUAAUUUUAAAUUGGACCCAUAAUGAAACUUUAUGGAUUGUUUAAUAUUUUUUCCGAACCUUUACCUUUUUCUUGAGGUUUGUCUCUUAAUUUUGACUUGAACGGAGGCCCUUGGCAAUGCAGAUUGGCAGAACAUCUGGCUUAAGUUCUGUGUACAUCAGACUAUGACGACAGACUGCGCCGAAUCAAUUCUGUGAAGCAGAAGAGAGCGACUGAUUCUCAUAAGCUAUACAGUGUAUUUUCUUGAGUCAAGUUUUAUGAUAACUUCACUUAAAGGCAGUGAAUAUGGGGCUAUUUGAUACCUACAUAAAACCCUUCAUAAACCCAUGUAAGCGUUAAGGCUUCUAGCAAGCAUGAUCGAUUCCUAACCCAAGAGUGUAUCAGAUUUUUGUGGACUUAAAGCUAGAAUGUGUUAAAAGGUUAAAGUAAGUCGUCAUAAUUAUCUAAGAUUUCUUUAUACAUACUACCUGGAAUAGCAUGGCUCAUAUCAGUCAUUGCUGGUAAUGUUUUCAAAUUUUCUUUGGUCUUUUCACCAUUUAUGAGAUUUGAUCUAACAGUCUGAACACUCUAAUUUCUAGUUAUGUAUAAUUACCCAGCAUUAUUAUAACUCUGACAUACCAGACGUACUCUAAGCUAGAAAGUAGGAAUGCAUGAUGAAUGAAAGUCAUAAUCAGAUAUCAUCAUCAUCAUCCUUCUUAUGUCAGUCAAAAAAUUAAAGAGCUGUUGUGUCAACUCUCUAUUAAAGUUUCAUACAUGUCCGAUAUUUUUCUAGGUUUAUGUAGGUUUUAUAUAGCCCUAUUUCCUGGUAAACAGUUGGUGUUGCCAAAGUUUGCCUUUUUCUCUUAUUUAAGAGAAAAUGUCAUAUUUCCAGUAACUCAAGAGAGAUGAUAUUUUUUUAGGAUACAAAAUGAUUAUAAUGAAAAUCCUGAGAAUGUAAUUCAAGUCUUAUCAUGAAAAAUAAAGACUUGACCUACAAAUUAGGCCAAAAUGCAAGCUAAUGAAGGAAAUAUAAAGCUUGCUGGCUUCAGUUCAGAUCUUUGUGUGGGAUCUGACCCGAUCACCUCAUGGUUCUCAUUAACACGGCUCUCUCAAGUUCAGUAGCAGACCCUUUACCCCACGUGAGAUCCAUCUCUUUGUCCAGUCUCAGCCAAGACGCAUGGAUAUAUCCCGUCCAGCUCAACACGCUGCCUGCUGGCUUUUUUAUUCAGCACAUACCAACACUAGACUCGUUUUUUUCAUUUAUAGACACACACAAUAAAAUAAAAGCUCAAAAGAAUAGAUUGUAAAGGACGUUUUAGUCGGGGCCGUAUCGCUGCUUGUUAGGCGGAGUUUUGUGUAAGAGACUUGACGCCUCAUGACAGAUUUAUCUUAAGGCAACUGUUUGUUUUUGAGCGUCUUCUCCUCGAACAUCACUUUUCUAUCAGUGUUCUGGCGUGAUCGUUCAUCUCAUGAAUAUUUCUAUGCACAUUUCAUACUUAGGAUUAUAACAGGACUUGGUUCUUAAAAGGGAAAUAAUCUUGUUGCGUUUCUAGAAGGAUCCGAAAAUCUUAUUUUGUUCAUACCAAAGUCUUUAAAGGUUAACUUUUUGUUUGUUUGUUUGUUUGUAAGCUGUUGUGUGAUGAAUGGUGGUGAUAUAAAUAGCAGUGUGCAUCUGCCUUCCUUUAUAAGGGAAAAAAAUGCCUUGUAAUGCUGUUUAGUUUUGUAAGCGUAGAUUUCUAUAGAUUAAAGAAAGAUACAGGAGAGAGAAUUAUAAUAAUUACAGCUGUCGUUGGGGAUGUGUGCAACUCUUCAGCUAGCGUUAUGCGCUAAAUCGUUCGAAACCUACGGCAGCAGAUCUGCCACAGGAAUCUCUGUCUCAUAUCACGAGUUGCUUUUUGUUUUUCAUUAGAUUUCACUGUUUGUGUAAACAGCAUUAAAGCACAAGUACCGCAUCGAUCUAUUUAAUUUAUUUGAAUCAUUCUCCGUCUUAUAAUUAUUGUUAUUUUCCCCUUUGGACAAUGUGCAAGACCGUCUUCAGAGAGCUGCUACUGUGUUUACUGUGUCCAUUUGUUUUCUUGUCCUUUUUUUUUUUUUUUACUUGUUUCUUUAUCUCUUCCUCUUCCUUCUCUUCUGCACCGUCCUGAACUGGAAGCAGAUCCGCGAGGGGUCAGUCACGUGUGACAUAUGCAAUAAAAAGGCGAGACGGCGAGAGCCCUGAGAGGCUGGACACAGUUUGCAAUGCAAGCACAACGUGCACACGCCACCAUUUUUAUGCAGGAAAAAAAAAGUUUAUAUAUAUAUUAAAAAAAAAAGUUCAAUCUUUGUGCUUUAAAUUGCUUUUUAAAGUUGUAAAAUAAAGGCACUUUUUGGU